AUGAGGGUGUCAUCUUACCCGUGCCUUAUCCUGGCGGUGACGGGCCUCGUGGUUCAGGGAGGCCCGCUGUCAGUCAAUUUAACAAUAUCCAAGGUGGGUGGGAAUAGGUCUAGCCCGUUACUUUAUGGGAUAAUGUUCGAGGAGAUGGAUCAUUCCGGUGAUGGUGGAAUUCACGGUCAACUUCUUCAGAACAACGGUUUUCAAGGCGCAAAUCCCGGGUUGACAGCAUAUGCACCAGUGGGGGAUGCGCUGAUCUCGCAAGAUAGCUUAAAGCCUGUGAGCAAUGCGAUCACGUCCUCCCUUCAAGUAUCGGUGCCCGCCGACGCGACCGAAUACGUGGGCUUUGCAAAUACCGGAUACAAUGGAGUCCCAGUCAUGGCCGCCACCUAUAGAAGCUCUUUUUGGAUGAUGGGGGAUUAUUCGGGGACAAUCAAUCUGCGGCUCAUUGGGUCUCAUAGUGGCAUUGUAUACGCUGACCACAAUCUGACUGUCAAAAGCAAGGCUUCAAAGUUUACUCAAUAUGAAACGUCAUUUAACUCUUCUCCAUCACCUGAUGGGGAGAAUGAAUGGCAUCUGACUUUUGAUGGAUCCAAAGUUGCAAACAGCUCGUUGAAUUUUGGACUUGUUCAGCUUUUUCCACCGACCUAUAAAGGACGUGAAAAUGGACUGCGCCAUGAGCUUGCUUCCUUUCUCGAAGAAGCCAACUUUGCGCUUCUCCGGUUCCCUGGUGGAAAUAACCUCGAGGGCUUGGAAGUUGAUAACCGCUGGACAUGGAACAAUACUAUUGGGCCUCUUGUGGAUCGACCGGGGAGAGAAAGUGACUGGUUUUACCCCAAUACUGACGCCCUUGGCUUGGAUGAAUAUCUAUGGUGGUGCGAAGAUAUGAACAUGGCUCCCCUUUUGGCCGUGUGGGCUGGAAAGUCUUACGGGGAGAUUAUAUCUGGACCAGACCUACAACCGUAUGUUGACGACAUAAUGAACGAGCUGGAGUACCUCCUUGGAAGCCCAAAAUCAAAUUACGGCAAGAAACGUGCCGAAAACGGCCGUCAGGAACCCUGGAAGAUUGACUAUAUUGAGAUCGGAAAUGAGGACGAUCUUACCGAUGGUUGUGAAACCUAUCCGGACCGGUUCACUCAGAUCUAUAACGCAAUCCAUGACAAAUAUCCUCAUAUGACGCUCAUUGCGUCUAAUGGAAAUUACUCAUGUCUGCCAAACCCGGUGCCUGAGAAUGUCAUCCUCGAUCAACAUUUUUACCGUAAUCCGGAUGAUUUCGUUUCGAUGUUCAAUCAGUGGGACAACCAGCCACGCAAUCAGUCCGUGAUGAUCGGCGAGUAUGGAUGUCGCAAUGUUAGCAGUGCCUUAGGAACAUAUUGGUCCUACAUGCAGGGCAGCUGUAGCGAGGCGGUCUAUAUGAUUGGUAUGGAACGAAACAGUGACAUUGUUCAGAUGGCGGCAUAUGCGCCUAUGCUGGAACAUUUUGGAUUUAUCUCUUGGUCGCCUACCAUGUACGGCUUCGACUCGGGUCCUGACUCCCUAACACCGUCAACUUCUUACUUUGUUCAAAAGAUGUUCGCAUCGAACAAAGGCCAUACCGUUCUGCCUGUAACAUCCUCAUCGGAUUUUGGACCAUUGUACUGGGUGGCAUCAAAAAGCGAUUCGGAGAACUAUGUGAAACUUGCAAAUUACGGGCCAGACAACCAGACCGUCCAAGUCAGUGUUCCGGGAACUAGAACGGGAAGGCUAGAGAUGCUUGCCGGCGAACAGCUCGAGAGCAAUAAGCCCCAGGAUGUGACAGUGCAGGCUGUUAAUCAGAGUGUAUUUAAUGCACAGGGGAACUACGCAGUCAAUAUGCCACCAUGGGCAGUUGCUGUACUAGUUGUGUCGUAA